GAAACGAGUGGGGCUGCACAUAGGGUGGGACUGCAGCUUAUUUGCAGUAAAACGCUGGUUUUGAAUACAGCAUUAUCCCUCUUCCAUGUUGUUCCCUCCCCAUCCCGAGGAUAAGGACAUCUGAGAGAGGUGGGUGAUGCUGGAGGCCCAGAAUCCUAACUGCAGCAGCCGCUUAGUUUGGUAGGACUGCAAACUCUCCCGCACAGGGGCUCGGCCCUGCCGCCUUUGUAAGCGCGCGGUGUAAAUAAAGGUAAAGGGAUUUCCGUGUGUAAGAGGCAGGCUCCCGCGUGUUCCACCCACGCCUUCACUCAGGGCUCAACACAGGUUAUGUAAAGAACAAGUUACUCGGCGGUGCCCACGUGAAAAGGCGGUGGCCCGACACGUAAUACAUACCGCACUUCCCAAGCCCCUGCUCUGGGGCGCCCAGCGGACAGCCCCGGCCCCUGUCCCCCGCCUCCUGAAACAGCCCCCGCACCUUCUCGGCCCUCCGCAGCUGGGAACAGGCACCGCUGCCGCCGACCCGAGGCUGCGCGAGCGGCCGGGGCCACACGGCGCGCCUGGGUGACGGCAGCGGGGCUUUGUUUCCACCGGCGAGCGGUGAGUCAACGGCCCCCGCAGCCGCAAAGCCGGCAAACUCUCGGGGCAGGGCAGCUGCAACUUGGCAGCGGGAGCAGCCGCAGCUCUUCCUCCUCUGCCUCCUCCUCCUCUGUCGCCGCCGCCGCGCCGCCCAGGCCCUCCACCUCCUCCCGCGAACUUAGUCAGCGGUUCGCGCCGCCGCGCCCCGAUUGGCCGGCGGGACGCGCCGCGUCACAAUGGAGCCAGUCGGAGGCGGCGAGCCCGGCAGCGCCGGCGCUUCCCGCUGAGCCCUCCGCAGCCGGCAGACCGGUCAGCGCGGGUGCCGGGCAGCCGCCGGCGCGCCCGGGGGGUGCGGGGCGCACGCUGCGGGGAGAGCGCGCCCCGGGCUGGAGUCGUGGAGGUAGGUGGGAGCGGGACGCCCCUGGCUCCGGGAGCAGCCGCCCAGCCGACUCAAGGGGCGGAGGAAUUUUUCAAAUAGAAGCUAAUUGCAGAGUUUUCGGUUGACCAGCAUUCAUAAGAAUGAAGACAAACACAGAGAUGGUAUGUCUAAGAAAUUUCAAAAGAUGUAGGCCUCCUGAUUGAAGCAUAGCCAACUUAUUGAAUUCAUUUUUUUCAUUAAACUUCUGUACUCCUGCAAGGGAAAGUCAUGAUCACACUAACAGAGCUGAAAUGCUUGGCAGACACCCAGCCAUCGUAUCACAUCCUGAAACCGUGGUGGGACGUCUUCUGGUACUACAUCACGCUGGUCAUGCUGCUCGUGGCAGCGCUGGCUGGCGCGCUUCAGCUGACGCAAAGCAGGGUUCUCUGCUGUCUUCCGUGCAAGGUGGAGUUCGACAGUCACUGUGCUGUGCCUUGGGACGUCCUGAAAGCCAGCGCUAACAUGUCCUCUGACAAUGGGGCACUGCUUCCGCUGCCCCUCAGGAUCCAGAACGGCCUCCACAGACAGCAGUACUCGUACAUCGAUGCUGUCUGCUAUGAGAAGCAGCUCCACUGGUUUGCAAAAUUUUUCCCCUACCUGGUGCUCCUGCACACGCUCAUCUUUGCAGCCUGCAGCAACUUCUGGCUUCACUACCCCAGUACCAGCUCCAGGCUUGAGCAUUUUGUGGCCAUCCUCCACAAGUGCUUCGAUUCUCCGUGGACCACCCGGGCCCUGUCCGAAACGGUGGCAGAGCAGUCGGUGAGGCCCCUGACCCUCUCCAAGUCCAAGGCAUUGCUUUCAUCCUCAGGGUGCUCUGCCGAAGUCGAUCCCAGCAAACAGUCAUUACCCUACCCGCAGGCUGGUCUGGAGUCAGCUGGCAUAGAAAGCCCAACUUCCAGCGUCCUGGACAAGAAGGAGGGUGAACAGGCCAAAGCCAUCUUUGAAAAAGUGAAAAGGUUCCGCAUGCACGUGGAGCAGAAGGACAUCAUUUACAGAGUGUAUCUGAAGCAGAUCAUAGUCAAAGUCAUUUUGUUUGUCCUCAUCAUAACUUACGUUCCAUAUUUCUUAACCUACAUCACUCUUGAAAUUGACUGCUCAGUUGAUGUACAGGCUUUCACAGGCUAUAAGCAUUACCAGUGUGUCUACUCCUUGGCAGAAAUAUUUAAGGUCCUGGCUUCGUUCUAUGUCAUCCUGGUUAUACUUUAUGGGCUCACCUCCUCCUACAGCUUGUGGUGGAUGCUGAGGAGUUCUCUGAAGCAAUAUUCCUUUGAGGCAUUGAGAGAAAAAAGCAACUACAGUGACAUCCCUGACGUCAAGAACGACUUUGCCUUCAUUCUCCACCUGGCUGAUCAGUAUGAUCCUCUUUAUUCCAAACGUUUCUCCAUAUUCCUGUCGGAGGUCAGCGAGAAUAAACUGAAACAGAUCAACCUCAAUAAUGAAUGGACAGUCGAGAAACUGAAAAGUAAGCUUGUGAAAAACUCCCAAGACAAGAUAGAACUGCAUCUGUUUAUGCUGAAUGGUCUUCCAGACAAUGUGUUUGAACUGACUGAAAUUGAAGUGCUAAGCCUGGAGCUUAUCCCUGAGGCCAAGCUGCCCUCCGCCAUCUCCCAGUUGGUCAGCCUCAAGGAGCUGCAUGUGCACCACUCCUCCCUGGUGGCGGACCCUCCUGCCCUGGCCUUCCUGGAGGAGAAUUUAAGGAUUCUCCGCCUGAAAUUUACUGAAAUGGGGAAAAUUCCACGCUGGGUAUUUCACCUGAAGAAUCUCAAGGAACUUUAUCUGUCGGGCUGUGUUCUACCCGAGCAGUUGGGUCCCAUGCAGUUGGAGGGCUUUCAGGACUUAAGAAACCUGAGGACGCUCUACCUGAAGAGCAGCCUGUCGCGGAUCCCACAGGUCAUCACCGACCUCCUGCCUUCCCUGCAGAAGCUGUCCCUGGAUAAUGAGGGAAGCAAACUGGUCGUGCUGAACAACCUGAAGAAGAUGGUCAAUCUGAAAAGCUUAGAGCUGAUCAGCUGUGACCUGGAGCGCAUUCCACACUCCAUUUUCAGCCUGAACAAUUUGCAUGAGUUAGACCUAAAGGAAAAUAAUCUUAAAACUGUAGAAGAAAUCAUUAGCUUUCAGCAUCUUCAGAAUCUUUCCUGCUUAAAGUUGUGGCACAAUAACAUUGCUUAUAUUCCUGCCCAGAUUGGGGCAUUGUCUAAUCUAGAGCAGCUCUCUCUGAACCAUAAUAACAUUGAGAAUCUGCCUCUGCAGCUCUUCCUAUGCACCAAACUACACUAUUUGGAUCUAAGCUAUAACCACCUGACCUUCAUUCCAGAAGAAAUCCAGUAUCUGAGUAAUUUGCAGUACUUUGCUGUGACCAACAACAAUAUUGAGAUGCUUCCAGAUGGGCUGUUUCAAUGCAAAAAGCUGCAGUGUUUACUUUUGGGGAAAAAUAGCCUGAUGAGUUUGUCCCCUCACGUGGGUGAGCUCUUGAACCUCACUCACCUGGAACUCAUUGGUAAUUACCUGGAAACACUUCCUCCUGAGCUGGAAGGAUGUCAGUCCCUGAAGCGGAGCUGUCUGAUCGUUGAGGAGAAUCUGCUCAGUACCCUUCCUCUCCCUGUAACAGAACGUUUGCAGACAUGCUUAGAUAAAUGCUAACCUAAAGAGAAAAUAAUCUUUGAAAGGAUGCCCCAGGGUGUUAAAUGAGAACUGAAGUUUCCUAAGUUAUAAAGGUGAAAAAUGGGUAUAAUUAUGACUAACUACAACCAAAUGUCUUAUUAAAGCAACUCAGUAUCUAGCUUAAACAGGAUGAACAGUGUCAACACUGAAGUUUUGUGAAUAAUUGAUUUUUAACUUAUUGAGACGUAAGAAGUAUACUUUGGGGGUGGAACGGGAGACAUGAAAUCCCUGAAUCUCCAUGUUGCAGUUCUUACCUUGAAGCUUAGCUACUCUUUUCCUCUCCCUCCCCCAUGCCCCAUUUCUUACUUGCACAUUUGUUUUAACUGACUUCCUGUUUUGAAAUUUAUCACCUAGACCAUAAACUCAUCAACAUAAAUUCCCUUGAUGUACACUCAGCACUGUCUUUGAUUUAUGUUUUUAAAUAUUUUUAGGCAGGGUGCAUUGUGCUUGUAAGAAUUCCUUCUCGGCUUAAUUUUUACUUCCUGUCUCAGCUUGCUUACAUCUUCCUUCAAUGUUGUUUUCUCCUAACAACAGAGAUGAACCCUGAGAAAGUGCCGGCUUUUGGCCUUUGUGUAGAACAAGAGUAGGAUACUUAGGACAUGUCACUCACCCUCAGGGCUUCCUGAAAAUUAAUGUAUUCUCUAAAAUGUCUUCUUGUGUAUCGUCAAGGCUUUUUUUAUUUGCUCAUAGUUUAUAUAGUAAAUGUAAAACAUAUACAUAUUUUCUAUUAUAUAAUCUUGGAUUCAAAAUCUGUGAGAAAUUUUGUAACGUACAGGGAACACGUGCAUUUCUUCAAGAAUUUACAAUUAAUAUACUUGGUUUUGGCUGCUUCUAUUUCUCAUAUUUGUGUGCAUUCUGUUCCAAAUGUUUUUUAUUCUGCCACUAUUUACUUUGGAUAACAAAAGCCUUGUGUCUUGUGCCCUAGAAUAUUUGGGGAGUUUCCUAUAUAAGAGGAUGGCUGCAUCAUCUACCUCUCUCUUCCCUCGUUGCUGUGCUAUUGUACGGGUACUAUCCUUAAUUACUUCAAAAACUGUGAUGGAGGGGAGAGGUACAGAUUUGGAUCUUUAAAACUGGUUUUUAAACUCUUUGUAAAAGAGUUAAAGCAAAAUAUUUUCUCCAUGUGCAUGAUCUCUAGAUAUGAUUAUAAUGUAAAACACUCAGCCUCCAUUCAGUAUUUAAGAUGGGUUCUCAAAGCUCACAGAGAAGUAGAUCCAUUUAACUGAAAUUCAUCUCAUGACUUUGAGUAAUUUUUCUGGAAUACAUUUUGCUCUUUUUUAUAAAGAGCUUUGUGUUUGGCCUUUUGUUAUCAUGCAUACUGUAAAGUGAACAAAAUUGACGGACUCAUUUUUGAGAAAUGUAUACUUUUAAUGUGAUUUUCUCUAAUGGGUCUAGGCGUUAUAAUGCCAUCUCAUUUUGGGUGUAACUAUGAAGUAAUCUAACUGCAUCUGGAUAAAACUGGAAAACACUAUAGGUAAUGAGCACUGUAAACAGGGAGUUGUGAUGCGUGGUAUGUUUUUCUUGCUUUACUUGUUCCACAAAGAUGAAAGUGAGUCUUUAAACUGUAGCAAAAUGUAGCUUCUCUCCCCAGCCACACACCCCUGGACUAAAGCUCUGAAAAAAAGAAUUGUUUAUGUUAAAUGAAAUUUGCAUAAUAUUAACUAUAAAAAACAUAAAACACCAAAAGCUGCCUAAAACAUUAUCAUUUAUUAUGAAUUAGAAGAACCAGUGUAAAAAUACAAUCCUCACCAAAACUUGCCUUUAGUCAAAACUUUGAAGUUCUCAGGGACCCAGGCAUAACUGACGGAAUUCAGAAAAUAGAUUCUGACUAUAUCUAGGGACUAUAUUUUGGUUUUUUUAAUGUGAGUUAAUGGUCAGUAUUUCACAACAGAAUUGUCAUGUGUACUGAUUUCAAUGUUACAUAGGAUUAUCCUGUUUUGGAUGUGAAAAUGAUACAUGGAUAGGUGUUUAAAUGUUUUUGGCCAUAGAAUUAGCCAUAAUUUGUAUGAAAAAAUCCCAUCCUCUCCUAUAAAUUUCAAAUUUGCUAACAUUCCCCUCACAAACUAGAACUUCUCCAUGACUAAUCAUUAGUUCUAUUCACCUGCAGAAAUCAUUGGUUAAAUCUUUCUUAAUCAGAGCUCUCAGUUUCUGGAAACACAUUACUAUCAGGAUCAUAAAUGAAUAUUAUAAGCUGCUUUCCAAACACUAUAGUUAGUGGUUCAAACUCUGCUGUUCUUGAUGCCAUAAUUUUUAGAUUAUUUUUUCAAUUGUACACAUGAGUGUUUAGGUAGCUUUUGAAAUGACAGAGCUCUGACGCAGUGAACUCUGAGACCAUCGAUUUGACAUGCAAGAAUGUGUUGAUGCCACCUCUGCUGCACUGUUGUAGCUGAUCUUCAUAAUAUCUAAGAGGAUUUUAUAUGAAGAAAAUGAAGUUUGUUCAUGAUAAUCAUGAGACUCUUGUUGGCAUUUGAUUUUGAAGAACAUGAAGUUUAUUUUCCAAAAAAUAAAUGUCAAAGUUUUCAGAACAAAGUUGAUGGCUUAUGCUGGCAACCUUUGGUUCAUUUUAUUUACAUGCACGCGCACACACACACACACACAGAUAAGCUUGCACACAUAUAGACACACACCCUUAUAUAUGUAGUAGGUAACUUUCUAGCUUUGGAUGUUCAGUAUUUUUUCCAAAGUAGCUAGAGGUUGUCAGUUAAUGCUAGGAUGUUCUUUUAUACUCAUUACUAGUAAUCAUGGAGUGUUCUAUUCUCUUUGUUAUAAUAUUUAAAAGAAAACUGAAUGCUCAGCCUUAGUCUGAGAACCGAAGCAGUUUUGAGCUUCCCUGGAAAGACACAGUGUUCUCCCCCUAACUGCCAGCAGGGUACAUUUAUGUGGCACAUAGACACUAUGUUUUCAUUCUUCAUCCUCAGUCUUAACUUUUCCCCCAGGUGUCACCAUAUUUCACUGUCACUUAACAAAUGUUUGUGUUAAACAGGGUAAAUAGAGAUCCCCCGGGAUCUUGGCACUGUGGUGUAGCUCCAGUUAGUGUGCUGUGGUGAGCUGCAGAAAGUUAUUUGCAUAACAUUAUCAUUUGAUAGUGAAAAUACUUGUUUCUGUUCUUCAUGUGUUCCAUGAUUCAAAUUUUGUAUGUUUAAUGAAAAUACUGCAUAGUAUUGGAAACCAUUAAAAUAAUCAACAGUUA